GUCAUCCUGUCAGUCGGCACUGCGCGCUGGCGCCUUCAGCAGAGAGAAUGGCUCGCCGCAUGCCACUCCUCUCGCGGCUGCGCAUUUUCGAGGACGCUGAUGCGUGGCGGAGAAUCGGCUUCAACGUAUCUGAGGCCGGCGUCGCGCAUGUCGGAGGCGUCGACAUCGAGUUGGCUGGCGCGGACUGCCGUGACCCAGCUGGCUGGGAGUUCCGCAGUCGCGAGGGCAGCGGGUCGCGGCUAAAAGUGGACGGCAUCUCCACGCGCAUGUCGCGCUUCGACGCAAUGAGCCAGACGUGGACGUGGGAGGCGGGGGAGGCGGAGCACUCCAACGCGGCAGUCGGCCUCUACUCGGUGCUGGUGACGGCGGGCGACCUGCAGCGGACGGUGCAAGCGAUGAGCGAGAGCAUCUUCGGCCCGCCCGCGCGGCUGCUCGAAAAGUCGCCCUUCUCGCCGAAGCUGUCGAUGGCCUUCUUUGAGGCUGGCUCGCCGGGCGGCACCGUCGUCGUGGAGGUGCUCGCCCCUCGCACACCGGGCCAAGUCGCCACGCUCCCCGGUUUCCCGCCCAUCGGGGGGGACCCGGAUGCGCCGGCGCGGCUCGCGGGCCUGGUGGUGACCGUGCCGUCCCUCGAGCCCGUGGGCGAGCUGCUCGGCGAGGACGCACUCGGCUACCCGCGACCCGCCGCGCAGGGGCAGGGCCGUGUCCUCGCGCCCCUCAAGCACGCGCGCGUGGGGCUGCGCUCGAUGAUGGCGUUCAUGACGCCGCCCGACCGGGAGGAGCUCGAGGCAAGGGCCAAGGCUGGCACCUUUGGGAAGGGCCUCGCCGCCCAUCUCAGCACUGGGAAUACGCUGUGAGCGCGGUGC